GACGAGUGCGGUGUCCUGCGGGGAUGAACGGGAGCGCGGUGUGCAACUGCACGUCGGCGUCGGGCGAGGCGUCGGCGUCGUCGGGCGGGUGGGAGGGCGGCUCGACGCUGCUCCUCCUCCAGACGGCCUUCUUCGGCUCCAUCGUGGCCCUCACCGUCCUCGGGAACCUCCUCAUCAUCCUGGCCAUCGUCCCCAGCUCCCAGCUCCGCUCGCCCACCCACGCCCUCAUCGCCAACCUCGCCGUCGCUGACCUCCUCCUCGGGGUCACCGUCCUACCCUUCUCCGCCGCCAGGGAGAUCUACGCAGGUCGGUGGUUGUUCGGGCCGACCCUCUGCGUGGUCUGGACGACGAUGGACGUGUUCUGCUGCACGGCGUCGAUCCUCUCGCUGUGCGGGAUCUCCCUGGACCGGUACAUCGGGGUCUCGCGGCCCCUCGGCUACUCGCGGAUCCUGAACCGGCGCCGCGUCCGCGCCCUCAUCGCCGGGAUCUGGGCGCUGGCGCUGGGCAUCAGCAUGGCCCCCUCCCUCGGCUGGCGGCAGGAGCUCCAGCCGGGCGAGUGCCACGUCAACAAGCAGCUCGGCUACGUCGUCUUCUCCGCCUGCGGCUCCUUCUACCUCCCCGCGCUCGCCAUACUGGUGCUCUACUCCCUCGUCUACCGCGCCGCGAUACGCCACUCCCGGUUCCUCCUCGACGGGACGCGCGUCACGAGGUCUGACGUCACGCUAAGGGUACAUAAAGGACGCGUCAGCAUCGAUAAUUCCUGCCAUUUGGAUCACAAUGUUCAGGAGUCGAGCAUGUCGCUGGCAGCGUCGCCUUCGGAGCUGAAGCCGCCGGGUAUGGUGGGAGCCGGAGAAGCGCCUUCGAAACACCACCUGCACCUCCCGCGUGGCAGCGACGCCUGCAAGCAUUUCAUGGCCGGCUUCGAGCGACGGGCCGCCAAGUUCCACUACCAGAAGAAGGCCGCCAAAACGCUCAGCGUUGUCGUCGGCGGCUUCUUCUUCUGCUGGUGUCCCUUCUUCAUCAUCCUGCCUCUCGACGCGGCGUGUCCAAGCUGCGAGAUCUCGGGGACGCUGUUCAGCUUCACGUUCUGGCUGGGCUACUUGAACAGCUGCCUGAACCCGUUCAUCUACGCCUGCUCCUCCCGGGAGCUCCGCCGAGCCUUCCUCGACAUCCUCCGCUGCCGCUGCCGCCCCUGCCCCUGCGCCCGCGACCACAAGGCCCCGCCAACCCUCACUUACUCCAGCUAGUCCACCGCCCCACCCACCACCACCCUCACCCUCCACCCGCUCAGGAGCCACCGGCCAAGCUGGGCCUUCGACCAAGAGCCCCUACCCACCCCCCGGUGAAUGAACCUUGGGCAUGCUCCUUUGAGAGCAACUCCCGACGAGCCAAUGGACCACUACACGGUAAAAAUUAAAUUCCUAAAAAAAGUUGCUGCAAUAUUUCAACGUAGAUUUCACAACACAAAAAUGCUACUUUAAUCACUAAUGUAAGCUGAUGUAACCAC